GAGAAGAGAUAAAAGGGCCAGAUACCCAACUGUGCAAGCGCCAGGGGCAAAGUCCGAUAACCGGUGUUAGUAGAAACUUCGAGGAGAACGUUGCCGUCCCCACCCAAUCCCACUUUUUUUUUUCCCACGUUGUAACUUUUUUUUUCCCACCCGAGGUGACAUCAGCUCAACGGUCAACUUGAUCCUGAUUUUUGUUCAGGAAAAGCUUCGCAUAUUACUCCGGGAAGCCCUUUCAACAAGGCCAAAAAAGAAUAAGAGGAAGCACAAGGGGGAAAACAAGCCUCUGAUUGAACUUUACCGAUUCUUGAUGAUUGACGCGGCAUACACUUCGACGGCCCGUCUCGAAUAGCUUCCGACAGGCUUUCCCGACGAUCAUCAUUAUGACAGACUCCGCCGAGAUGGCCUCCUCAGACAGUACAAUCGAAGGCACGCUUUCGCGAUCAGAAUCCAUCCGCUCAGCCGUCCAGACCUUCUCGCCUCUUCAUGAGCUCGUCUUCGUCUUCGUGGUGUGCAUGUCGCAAUUCAUGACGCAGGCCGCGCUCGGAAAUACGCUUGCCCCACUUGAGAUCAUCAGUGACAGCUUCGGCAUCACCAACCCUGGCAUCUCCAGCUGGCUGAUCGCAGGGUACUCCCUAACUGUCGGUACAUUUAUUCUUUUCUUUGGCCGCUGUGGCGAUAUUUUUGGAUACCGUAUCUUGUAUAUCAUCGGGUGGAUAUGGUUCGCGAUCUGGUCCCUGGUGGCGGGGGUAAGCGUAUAUUCGAACUACAUCCUAUUCGUUUUCGCGCGCACCUUGCAAGGCAUCGGGCCUGCGAUGCUUCUUCCUAAUGGCCUGGCGCUGCUGGGUGCGACGUACCGACCGGGAAAGAAGAAGUAUAUGGUCUUCUCACUUUUCGGGGCUACCGCGCCAAACGGCGCCGUUUUGGGAGCCAUCUUUGCGUCACUAUUCUCCCAGCUCGCUUGGUGGCCGUGGACUUUCUGGGCCAUGGCGAUCUAUUGUUUUGUAUUGGCGAUUAUGUCGUUUCUUGCGAUUCCUCCUUCCCCGUCGAUUGCGCAGGGCAUGUCGCUUGGGCAGCUGGUGUCUGAAUUAGAUGUGGUCGGGGCAUUCUUUGGAGUUGCAGGCCUGGUUCUUAUAAAUAUCGCCUGGAACCAGGCGCCCGUGGUGGGAUGGCAAGAGGCGUAUGUGUACGUCCUGCUGAUCAUUGGGGCUCUGAUUCUGGCCACGUUCUUCGUCUGGGAGAUCAAGUACGCGUCCAAGCCACUCAUCCCGUUCCAUGCGCUGGAUCUCGAUGUCUGCUUUAUUCUGGGCUGCAUUGCAUGUGGCUGGGCCAGUUUCGGAAUCUGGGUUUACUACUUCUGGCGGUUUUUGGAGAAUAUCCGAGGCAUAUCGCCGUUGCUGGCAUCGGCGCAGUUUAUCCCGCCAGCCUUGUCUGGACUGACAGCCUCCUUCACGACGGGGCUUCUCAUGGCAAGAUUGCGGCCCGGCUGGAUCAUGCUGAUGGCCAUGGUGGCUUUCACUCUGGGUAAUAUCUUUUCGGCUAUCGCUCCGGUUCACCAGACGUAUUGGGCGUUGGCCUUUGUGACGCUGUUGGUCACUCCGUGGGGAAUGGACAUGUCGUUCCCUGCGGCUACAGUCGUCUUAUCGAAUGCGGUUGGGCGUCGCCAUCAGGGCGUUGCGGCGUCGUUGGUCACGACGGUUGUCAAUUAUAGUAUCUCUCUGGGACUUGGCUUUGCGGGCACGGUCGAGGUGCAUGUGAACAACGGUGGCCAGACCUUCCAUGACACGCUCAUAGGAUAUCGAGGAGCAUUGUAUAUGGGCAUCGGACUGGGUGGGCUUGGAGUUGCCAUCAGUCUGCUCUAUCUUAUUAAGAGCAGACCGAGACCGGGCCAAGAAGAGAACCAGCUGGAAAAGGCAGCCGGAUAAUCGUUAUUCAAUAAUUCGGGGGUAAAUAUAGAGAUAGAGCAUAUAUAAUCCGGCGUGCUCAAUAGACAUAGCCACAGAGCUCGCCUGCAUAGUGGCAAACCAAAAAUACUAUUCAAUUAAUAGCUUGGAUUUGACACC